AUGAUGUUGCUGCGACGACUACUGUACCUUACAGCACUGUUUUUGAGUGUUGCCUGCGUGUGUGUGGCGGCUGGAGAGACUGGAGCGGAAGAAGAUCUAUCUACUGUUGAUGGUGGUUGUCGUGCUUCAGGCAAGGAGGGUUUAAAGUGUCAAAAUAAAACUGGCGUAGCUGCAGCUGCUAGUACAGACUGUGCGCAACCUCCUGGCAAGGAGAAAUGCCCUGCCGAGGAUCUUGACCGUAAAGCCGAUUGCCGUGAAGAUUCUGAAACUUGUCCACAAUCAGCACCAAAAGAUCCAAAGGGAGCUGAUACGCUUGAAGAACAGACUGUUGUUCGUCCUGGAGAAGGAGAAGCUGCACUUGGUACUGGUGGUACUGGUGUUGGUGGAAGUGGAGUGGGAGAAAAAGUUAGUACUGGAACACUGCCAUCACCUCCAUCACCACAAAAAGAACAACCUCAAGGAGACGGUCAAAGUCAAGUUCCAGGAGUACAACAACAAUCUUCUAUUGCAUCCAGUAUAAGUCAAACUGAGACACGACAGAACUCUGAUUCACACGUAGAGACGAUCGACACAAAAGCCUCUCAUCAACCCAACGAUCACGUUGACACCACGCAUAACGAAGAAAAUGAAGGACGACAAAAUACCACUACUGACGAAUCCCAUGGUACAUCUUCGUCACAGCUGUCUGAGGCGACACCCACAACUAUUCGUUCAUCUACUGAGCCAACAUCAGAAAGUGUCCCAAACCGUGAGAAUGGGGAUGCUACGAAUGCGGUUACACCUACAAAGGACUCUCAAUUAAAUAACGGUACAGCUGAGACGAAACCUGGAGAGGAUGAGUCAACGAAGGAAACUGACACUACAACCGAUGAGCAAUCAAACUCAACCACCACCACCACCACCACCACAACACUUCCUCCUGAACCCAUAAACAACAAGAAGGGUGAUGCAGACAGUAGCAGCAGUAUCAGCAGUUCUGUGUGGGUGCGUGUACCACUACUGAUUGUGGUUACAUUGGCCUGUAUUCUUGUGUGCUGA